GCUCCCCUGGAAACAAGCACAAAGAAAAAGGGUUCCGUCUAAAGAGAAUCUCUAAUCUAAAAAUAAUUAUAGAAUAUCUACCGGAGGGAAAUACCUAAAUAGAAUACAACUGGGAUAAGGGGGAAUGCCUGCGGUAUGGAAGGUGAUAUUUCUGUGUAACACUGGGCAUGCUGGCUGUGGACAUGGUGUCUAGGAGGCUCAUUCCCAGUUAUAACCUUUAGCAAUCGCCCAUAGACUUUGUAUGGCUGUUCACAUUCUUUCAACACAGGAGCCAGCUGUUCAGUAAUACUAAGGGAUCUGUGCUGCAGGGGGAAUCCAGAAUGGGUGCACAGGAAGUCCCCAUGUCAAACCAUGCAUGUUUAGAAUCUGCAUGCAGGUGUAAUAAGUUGGAGAUGGAGUGAUAAACGUGUCCUUGUUAUAACACAACAGUCCUUUACCUCCAGGUAUACAGCAGCUUUCAUUAUGGAUCUUGAACAACGCAGAAUUCCUGUGCAGCAAUUUACAGAUGUCGAUAAAAACAAGUUCCUCCAGGAAAUCUAUCCUCUGAGGAAGCCAGUUGUGCUGAAAGGCCUAGAUUUGGGAGUUUGCAAAACAAGAUGGACUGUGGAUUACUUGAGCAAGAGCGGUGGAGAUCACGAGGUGAAAAUACAUGUAUCUGAGGUGCCACAGAUGGAUUUUAUCAAGAAGAACUUCAUUUAUAGAACUCUACCAUUCGAUAAAUUUGUACACAGGGCAGCUGAGAAUAAGCACAAAGAAUAUUUUAUCUCUGAGGAUGAAAAAUACUAUCUACGCUCUUUGGGUGAAGACCCUCGGAAGGAUAUUGCCGACAUCAGUAAUCAGUUCCCCGGGCUGGCAGCUGACAUCCAGAUUCCUCAAUUCUUUGACAAAGACCAGUUCUUCUCCAGUGUGUUCCGCAUCAGCUCCCCAGGACUACAGCUCUGGACUCACUAUGAUGUAAUGGAUAACCUGCUUAUCCAGGUUUCAGGCAAGAAACGAGUUGUCCUAUACAGUCCCCGAGAUGCACCAUAUUUGUACUUGGCAGGUGACAAAUCCGAAGUAUUGGAUGUGGAUAAUCCAGACCUGGACAAAUAUCCCCUCUUUUCCCAAGCCAGGAGAUAUGAAUGCCUUUUGCAAGCAGGAGAUGUACUUUUUAUUCCCGCAUUAUGGUUUCACAAUACUGUUGCUGAAGAAUUUGGAGUGGGAGUCAAUAUAUUUUGGAAACACCUACCUUCCGAAUGCUAUGAUAAGACAGACACUUAUGGAAACAAAGAUCCUACGGCCGCUUCUAGAGCAGUACAGAUCUUAGACCGGGCAUUGAAAACUUUGGAAGAGCUUCCAGAGGAAUACAAGGACUUCUAUGCAAGAAAAAUGGUUUUACGGAUACAAACUAAAGCCUACAGCAGUAAACUUGAAUAAAAACGACUUUUUAUAUUU